AUGACAGCCGACUCAGACACCGCCAUGGUCGAUAUCAGCACCCCCUUGAUCGCCGCAACAGCAACUUCUCCCUUCCAAAGGAUCCCUCUCGAGGUUCUUCUACGGAUUACUUACUUCCUCACCACUCCCGAGCUAGGAAACGUCCGUCUGACAUGCCGCUCCAUCGAGCAGGCUUUGUACACCACCUUUACCAAUGAGUUCUUCACCCGCAAGCAGUUUAUGAUCUCAGAAACAAGUCUACAGGCCUUGAUUGACAUCUCAAAGAGUCGGCUCAGUCCCCAUCUUCGCAAAGUGCAUUUCGGGCUUGAUAGAUUUGCACACGCCCUGCAAGUCCACGGUCACAAUGCUAGGACAGCGAGGCAGACGGAGUUGUACAAUGGUCAGUUCUCUCUGCUGAGUACGGGGUAUCACAGGGAUAUGCUUGUAGAGGCCUUCAAGAACCUGGAGAAUCUUGAAGACGUAGUCAUUCGCGACUUCAACUCGAUCCGCCGCACACGCGAUGGCCCAGGUAAACAGUGGACAAGCUAUGGAUCGACUACGGCUUUCAGGGAAACGGGGUCUCGUCCUGGCCAGAACAGCGGUAUGGCCUGGGGACCCGAUACGUCGACUGCCUACGGCAGCACGAUCUUCACAUCCGUGCUUUUCGCCCUCGGCCAGGCUGGUGCGAAGCCAAAGGGCAUUGAGCACAUGUCACAUUCUAGAAAUCAUCUGCGAGAUUGUGCCUUCAAUAUCCCUUCGUAUAUGGAGGCCUCGGUCACACCUGUUUUGGAGAAUCUUGAGAAGUUACACAUCGACAUCGACCUACUCGGCGGCAGCGACUUCUCUAGCGACGAUGCCGCUGGCCAUUCAUCGACUGCGGAUAUGAUGCUUCGCAGGUUUCUCCUCAAGUUGAAGAACGUCAAGCACCUGCGCAUCAACGAGACACAUAGUAGUGUUACUGGUCCCGGUAUGCUUCUUGGGUGGCUAGGUCGCGAGAAUGCUACAUCGCCAGCGCCUGUGUCGUCUUCUACGCCUGGAUCACCCCCUGCGCCCCUUGAGCCUUCGCCAGAAUAUCACCAGUUGGAAGAGCUCAAUUUUGGAAUGAUGAAUGUGGAACCUCAGCACCUCCUUGCCGUCGCCCGAAAGUUUGCGCCUACGCUCAAGAGACUAGAACUACACAAGGUCACCCUCCGACGACGCCUACCAGAUGGCCACUCCGGGACUCCGCCAAAAACUAGCUUCUGGAAUAAGUUUCUAGAGAAGCUGAAAGACAUCCCCAACCUCGACUUGCGUCACAUCAAGAUCAGCUUUCCUCAGCAACAGUGGGCUUCACGACCGACCCGCUCCUUUGUCACAUUUGAAGGCCAGAGAGAGAGCGUGAAGCAGUACACCGGAACGGAUUGGAGGUACUUUGUCGGCGAAAUGAUGCCCAAGAUCAAUGUGCAGUGGCCGAGCGAGGACAGCAGUGCGGAUGAGGAUGAGGAUGACGACGGUAUUUGGGACCAAUAUGCGCUUGAUCUGUAA